AAUGACUAGUAAUGCUAGGUCAGACAGAUUGUUCUCAAGUUACAUAAAAUCUUGGUGAAGUAUUCAAGUUCUACCUUAAGUGACAGACAUCAAACAACUUCGAGAAAACCCAAAACAACAACCAUCCGAUUUUGUUGUCCUGUUGUUCUUUCCACCGCAAUUCAUCGCACACACCAACAGUGUUCAUUCCCAGUGACUAUUAUUCAUUAACAUUAAUUAGUGCUUCAUAUAUAUAGCUACCCAUUUCUAAAAUUGUCUUUUUUUUUCUUCUUCUCUUCUAGCUUCUUAAUUAAGUGUUAAGAAAAACCUUAACUUUGGGGGUGUAAUUAGUAACUCAGAAGCUGAUUGAUUGAUUGAGAGAGAGAGAGAGUAAGUGGAAUGCAGAGACGGAAAUUGAUUUCGUUGGUAUUUCUGAGAAAGUUGUUAACUGUAGCUAUAUUUUCAAUUGCCUCUGUGGCUUUAUUCUCUGUUCAUGUACACAUUGUUCCUUCUUCUAAGGAUCACAAGUUUAAUGACAAGAUCACCACGACUCAGGACUUGCAAAGCUGGACGCGAGAGCUAGCGCCACCACAUUUAUCGAAAGUGCCACUUCCUACAUCCAAGUUAAAUGGUUCAAAAGGAGAUUUAGAUUAUGAUAAGCUGUGGAAGCCUCCAUCAAAUCGUGGGUUUCUUCCAUGUACAAAGCCCACUCCUAAUUACACUGCUCCUGCCGAGUCACGAGGAUAUCUUUUAGUUCAUACAAAUGGCGGGCUCAACCAAAUGCGUUCAGGGAUAUGUGAUAUGGUAGCUGUAGCUCGUAUUCUAAAUGCUACUCUUGUAAUUCCAGAACUUGAUAAAAGAUCAUUUUGGCAAGAUACUAGCAAUUUCUCUGAUAUUUUUGAUGAAGAGCAUUUCAUUAAUUCUCUAGCUAAUGAUGUAAAAAUAAUUAAGAAGCUUCCCAUAGAACUGGUUAAUGAAACCAGAAUGGUCAAGCAAUUUAUAAGCUGGUCUGGCAUGAAUUACUAUGAAAAUGAGAUUGCGAGUUUGUGGGAAGAUUACCAAGUUAUUCGUGCUUCCAAAUCCGAUUCACGGUUGGCGAACAAUAAUCUACCUCCAGACAUUCAGAAGCUUCGCUGUCGAGCUUGUUAUGAAGCUCUUCGUUUCUCUCCCCGGAUUGAACAAAUAGGAAAAUUGUUGGUGGAGAGAAUGAGGUCAUUGGGUCCAUAUAUUGCCUUGCAUUUACGUUAUGAGAAGGACAUGCUUGCAUUUAGUGGGUGCACACAUGAUUUAUCUCUAAAUGAAGCUGAAGAGCUAAGGAUUAUCAGAGAGAACACUUCCUAUUGGAAAGUAAAGGAUAUCGAUCCCAUAGAACAGAGGUCGAAAGGGUUUUGCCCCUUAACUCCAAAGGAAGUUGGAAUUUUUCUUACUGCUCUUGGAUAUCCAUCAAAGACUCCAAUAUAUAUUGCUGCUGGAGAGAUAUAUGGGGUUGAGUCCCAUAUGGCUGAACUACGAUCCCGUUAUCCAUUGUUAAUGAGCAAGGAAAAGUUGGCAUCCAUUGAGGAGCUUGAACCCUUUUCUAAUCAUGCUUCUCAAAUGGCUGCUCUUGACUAUAUAGUAUCUACUGAAAGUGAUGUAUUUAUACCCUCUUAUUCUGGAAACAUGGCAAGAGCUGUUGAAGGUCAUCGUCGGUUUCUUGGACGUGGAAGAUCAAUAUCUCCAGAUAGGAAAGCCCUUGUUCGUCUCUUUGAUAAGCUGGAUCAGGGAACAAUGACCGAGGGGAAAAAACUGUCAAAUAAGAUUAUUGAUCUCCACAGAAGACGACUUGGCUCCCCCAGGAAAAGAAAAGGGCCAAUUUCUGGAACAAAGGGCAUGGACAGGUUUCGCUCAGAAGAAGCCUUUUAUGCUAAUCCCUUACCCGAUUGUUUAUGCCAGACAGAACCACCACACCAAAACAUCUCUCACAUUGUCAAGUAGAUUAGAUACUACAGAGCUUUUUCCAUGGAAAGAUUCAUUAAUACGACCAUGGCACAUGUGUAAUUUACCAAAGUAAGAGGCAUAGAAGCUUAUGUGCAGCUGGAAGGUGCGGUCGCAGAGUGUAUAUAUUGGGAUAGGUUUUGCAUAACCUGUUUAAUUUGGGAAGAAAAAAACAUAAAGGAAAGGAAAAAGAAGAGAAAAGAAGACCCAUAUGCGCUGGGAUGAGAACUUCUUGAAGAGGACUUUAUUCAUUCUUUCUGUAAAUCUGAGUUAUUUAUAACCACACAUGUUAUUGUAUUUCUUUUUGAGAAACCUUAUGUCGCUCCACUUUAUGUAAAAUCUUGAGUAUUUCUUUUCUUUAAGUGAUUUCAGUUUUUAAAUUAUUUUUUAUAGAAAAAUGUUAGUAAAUUAGUAGU